GCUUCUCCACAUGAAUAAAGCACCUCCAUUUCCAAACAAAUACAACAUUAGAUUAGUAGCAGCUAACGAUAGUAAGUCAUGUACAAUCUGCUAUAAGCCUUCAACUACUGUGCUCGUUUCUGACAACCAAGCUGAUUUCUUUUAUACUUGCCCUCAACACUUGCUUGAUGAACAUUUUGCCACACCUAUUCAACCACAAUCAUAUCUCGAUUUAGUUAAACAAAAGGAGGAAUUGGAAGCUAAAAAGACACAACUAGAAAAAGAUAUUGAAUUAGAAAAACCUUACCUUUGGAAUAAAGUAUCUGAAUAUUGGCAAAAAUCAGAUAAUAAGAAAGAAAAGCUGAAAUUUGAAAAGUUGAACGACGAAUUAAAACAAGUUAUAGAACAACUUUCUGAUAAGCAAAAGGAAGUUAGUGAGUUUAAGUUCAAGGUCUAUAAGUUGAAUUUGGAUAUUUAUAAGAAUCGAUUAAUGUUGACUCAAAAGAAAAAGUAUCAAAAAGAACGAUAUGAAAAGAUGCAUCUGGAAGGCUUUUUCCCUAGUGCUCCAAAAAAUGAUAUAGCUUAGGUUAUAUCUAAGGCUGCAUAUUCAAGUACCUGGUCUCAAGUGCAAUAGCAAGCUUUUGUCAACAGUUCUUGGUGCGGGUGGAACAUUCCCCUACAGCAAAGGUGCAAUAUUGGUCUAGCAAAGUUUAAGUGAUCAUAAUUCGUAGCUAAUUUAUUAGAGUUUAGUUGAUGUGGAAGCAUUAAUUGUUAUAUAUAUGAGCCGGGCUCGAAUUUGAAUUUGUAUAUUACCAAAAUACUUCCUGACAUAGCUUUAUUAUUUAUAUUUUUAUAUAAUUAGUAUUAUAUAUAACGUCAUCUAUUGUGGAUUUACAACUUUUUCAUCGAUCCAGUUUUCCCAUUUUUCAACCUUUCCUUUCAAAACACUUCCACCAAAGAAAUCCAUAUUACCUUCUAAUUUAUCAAAUGAGAAUUUUUCAUUAGGAGAUCCAAUAACACUCAACCAAAAUUCACGUAAUGAUUGUUGAUUAUGAGCAUCAUCUUCAUCAUCCUCUUCACUAACUUUAUCGAUUCCUGAAGUCUUGUCAAUAUUUGAAAUUUCAUUAUGAAUUAAUUUAUCAAUUUCUGUAGUCAAAAUAC